CGGAGCUGCCGGCCCGCCGCGACUUUCAGACUCGGACCAUGGCCUCGUGCUGGUGGCGGUGGCGGCGCGGCUGUGCGUGGCGGCCGGCGGCGCGGAGCCCAGGGCCGGGAGCCCCGGGCGGUGCAGGGACCCCGGGGCCGCGCGCCGCCGCCCGCGCGGGCGCGCAGAUGUCCUGUUUUAAUCUUAUGAAGAGCUUAAAGUCCGCCUUUCCUACUAUGUAUCAUAUAUCAAGGUUCCAUCACACAACCUCAGCAGUGUGCUGCCGGAGUAAAGCACAGAGCGGGGAGAAAUACACCGAUCCUUUUAAACUUGGUUUGAGGGACUUGAAAGGUCUGUACAAGGACAUUAGAAAGGAAUUAUUUAUAUCUACCACAGAGCUUAAGGAGAUGUCUGAGUACUACUUUGAUGGAAAAGGAAAAGCCUUUCGACCGGUUAUUGUGGUGCUGAUGGCCCGAGCGUGCAACAUUCACCAUGACAACUCCCGAGAUGUGCAAGCCAGCCAGCGCGCCGUAGCCUUAAUUACAGAAAUGAUCCACACUGCUAGUCUGGUUCACGACGACGUCAUCGACGACGCAAGUUCUCGGCGAGGAAAGCACACGGUUAAUAAGAUCUGGGGUGAGAAGAAGGCUGUUCUCGCCGGAGAUCUAAUCCUCUCCGCGGCGUCAGUAGCCCUGGCUCGGAUCGGAAACGCAGCCGUUAUAUCUAUUUUAACCCAAGUUAUUGAAGAUCUGGUGCGUGGAGAAUUUCUUCAGCUUGGGUCGAAAGAAAAUGAAAACGAAAGAUUUGCACACUACCUUGAAAAGACCUUCAAGAAGACUGCCAGCUUGAUAGCCAACAGUUGUAAAGCAGUCUCUGUUCUAGGAUGCCCUGACCCAACAGUCCACGAGAUCGCCUAUCAGUAUGGAAAAAACGUGGGAAUCGCUUUCCAGUUAAUAGAUGACGUGUUGGACUUCACCUCAUGUUCUGACCAGAUGGGCAAACCAACAUCAGCUGAUCUGAAGCUCGGCUUAGCCACAGGCCCCGUCUUAUUUGCUUGUCAGCAGUUCCCAGAAAUGAAUGCUAUGAUCAUGAGAAGGUUCAAUUUGCCGGGAGAUGUGGACAGAGCCCGACAGUAUGUGUUACAGAGUGACGGUGUGCAACAAACGACCUACCUCGCCCAGCGGUACUGCCAUGAAGCGGUGAAAGCAAUCAGUAAGCUUCGACCAUCCCCAGAGAGAGAUGCCCUCAUACAACUUUCAGAGAUGGUGCUCACAAGAGAUAAAUGACAGCUCUUCCUGUUACUACUGGCAGCUAUUUUACCAGACUGUGCCUAAAGAAUUUUGUGGGAUAUACUUUGCUUCAUGUGCAGAAAACCAAAAACAAUUCAACAAAUCAUUUCAACCUUAUUGGUGGGCAAUUUUUUUAUUGGCAGUUUUUUUUUCAGAAAACUUUUUAAAUGUAAUUAAACCAUCUGAAUCUGUCAUUGUAGUCCUAUAAAUUCUGACUGAGGUAUAGUAGGAGUUAUAUGUGGUAUUGUUUACACUGUUAAUAUCCACAUGUAAAGCCAUUUACACAAAUAAAUAAUCAAUGUUAAAAUUCAAA